CAUGAAUUAGGCAUGAAGAAGACCACGGCGAAAACAGGUUUACACAAAUGAGAGUGUACCGCACGGACUGGUACCACCCAGACAAGCUUCUUGCAGAGCCGACCAAAAACAAGAUGGCAACUAAAAAGUGGAAACGUCGGCUGGAGGUGGCAAAGCAGUGGCCAUUCAGGAUUCGUCUUCAGUCGAGGAAACCGGAGAAAACGGAUUUUCUUGGAUCACCACGGACGUUAACAAGCGGUGAGACGUGCUGCGAGAUUCUUUGCUUGCCAUUCCUUCUAUGACAAGAAUGCUGCUCAUGAAACCUUUUAAUUCUUGGCAGUGAAAAACAUCCACCUUUGGAAAAAACGGAUUCCGUCACGCGAGCACAUAAGCACAUUUAUGCAAAAAAACGAAUCUCGGUUUCGCGGCUAUACAUACGCCUUGGGCCAAACUAUUUGAAGACCUUUCAAGAUGUAGUUCUUGCUAGUCUCUGAAUUCUAGAGGGCGAAUUUCAAGAGGAAACGGCAAUUCCUUCUUUCCUCGAUCCCUCUUUGUCGCGGUGCGCUCAGUCUCUAUGAAACUUGUGCUUUUGCCUCUGAUUCGCGUUCCGCCGAGACACUUUGUAUCCGCUUUCUUUUGCGAAUUUAGCGAAUUCCGACAUUUUGUGACCAUUUCACUCCGGCUUUCUCUUCCAUUCGUGCUUUCCCCUUCUUCUCAGACCGACCGAGACACAGAGAGAUAUGAGAAUUUGACUUCUGCCCACGAGAUCUGCGCUCAUUUUUGUGUCGCAAGCUGUCUGACGGACUGCAGCGAGCAGUGCCGUCGUGAACAAGACAGGACGCCAGCGGUGAGGCAAUUCGCUGCCUUUCGUCGGCGCCAAAUUCGCGCGGCCCCUUCUGUGUGGCUGGACAAGAAGCGAAGGUCCCCUCGAAACGCAGAGCGUAUAUCCGUCCGGUGAGCUGGACAAGGGCGCUUCGAUUGAUCGCCGAUUCGUCGACGCUUCUCCCCUGCUCUCCCUCACUGUUUUCCCUCAACUUCCCUCCUCGACAUCUUCAAGCCCAACCCACUCAAGUACUCAAUCCUCUGCAUAUUCCUUUCUUUCUUUACGUCUACAUCUACACCCGUGUACUUUGCCCGUACACUCAUUCCGUGAAAUCUAUGCGUGAAGUCACAUCCACA